UCACAACUCCCCUUUAACGAGCUCUUUGAUAUGAAAUGAGUAGCGGGGCCCUCCACCCUAUAUAGACUUUCCUCUACCGUUUAGACUUUCUGCUGGUGCACAAUUCCUCAUCCCUUCCUCCAUCUUUUUCUUUCUUGUCUUCUAACAACUUCCCUUUCACGAGCUCUUUUCUUCAAAAAUUUCCGUCCAUUUUCUAAAAGGUCCAUGGAUUUUGGUCUCGGACUACAUAAUCCAGCUGAGUUUUUUUUAGCAAAAAAGAAAAGAAAAUCAAAUUCUGUCUGUUAUGGCAAGCAAAUCACGGAAACUUAUGCUCGAUUUUGUCUGUUUGCUACUCUUCCUGGGGCCAUCUUCCCAGCUAGACAGAUUAUUGCAAGGACAGGAGCUCAAGGAUGGGGAUGAAUUAGUUUCUGCUCGAGGAAUCUUUAAACUAGGAUUCUUCACGCUUGAAAGUAACAACUACUACUUAGGAAUAUGGCUCAACGACAACAAUACACGCCUUCAAAAUUUAGUGUGGGUUGCCAAUCGAGAUGCUCCAAUCUUUAACAAUUCUGGAAAUCUUACCAUUGAUGAUUAUGGGAACUUGAAAAUUUCAUACAAUGGGAGUCUUUCUAUUGUACUAUAUUCCGGACAAGAAGCAAGUAAUGCAAGUGCUGUUCUACUUGAUACUAGUAAUUUUGUACUGCGCGAAACGAUUUCAGAGCGACAAUUGUGGCAAAGCUUUGAUUGUCCUACUCAUGCACUUGUGCCAGGAAUGAGACUGGGAGUUAACUGGAAAACGAGACAUACUUGGUCUCUAACAUCAUGGAGAGGCGUGCUGGUACCUGCAGCAGGGUCCUUUACCCUUGAUCUGGAACCUUACCUUAAUCGAUUGGUCAUCUUGUGGCGCGAGAGCCUCUAUUGGAUUAGUCCUAGUGUGCAUUUCAACUCAACUUCGAUGGGACUAACAUUGCAUGGCUACAAUUUUAACUACAUAUCGAAUGUGAAUGAAACGUACUUAAAUUACACUGGUGUGGAAGAAAAUUACAUGGAAGAAAAUUACAUAACACGAGUUAUUCGACCACUAAAGAUAGAUUACUUCGGAAGACUUUCUGAUGAGUUUGACACUCUAGUUGAUUGUAAUUUUACUAAUUUUUUUACAAAUCAGUUUACAUUAUUCCAGUUUAUUAUCGGAUGUAAGGCGCAGUGCAGGAGUCAUGAUGAUACAUUUACUCCAGUUUCCAGUUCCAUGAAGGAUGGAUUCAAGUUUGAUGAAAGUGACAACCUGACCCGUAAGGAUUGUGAGGCGAAGUGCUUCCACAAUUGUUCUUGUGUUGCUUAUGCAUCUACAAAUCAGGUUGCCCAAACUGGUUGUGAGAUUUGGAGAACAACCGAUAGAUUUAUUGGAUUUUCAAAUCCUAAUGCACGGACAAUAUACUUCCUUACUUCAGCACUUGCAAAAAUUAAAGAAAACAGGAAGGCAAAUAGGUCGCAAGUGACCAAGCGGUGGAUAUGGCUCAUCGUGGCAGUAGGGGGAAUUAUUAUGACUUUCUUUUGCUUCUUAUUCUAUGUACGAUGGAAAAAACAUAGAGUAGAAGGGGAGAGAAAGAAGAAACAAAAGAUGCUCAUUACAGAACUUGGAGGUAAUGUAAAAGCUUCAACUGUAAAUGGUGAAGAGAAUCAACAAAAUAAUGAUGAGAAAAUCUUCAGCUUUGAAAGCAUUUGUGCUGCUACAAGUAAUUUCUCAACUGAAAAUAAAUUAGGAGAGGGUGGUUUUGGACCAGUUUACAAGGUUAGCUCUCUCUCUCUCUCUUAAAAUUUGAUCCUCUCGUUUUCUUUUUGGUUGUAAAUUCGAACACCUACGUAUUCAAUCCAUCUGAUCUACAACAUAGCACUUGAGCUGAGACCAGGGGCUAUGUAGAAUCUUGAUAAAAUAAAAAUAAAAGUUAAAUAAUGUAAGUAGAGAUUGAGUUAAGUACAUUUUCGUAAAAUAUGACUAACACAAUGUACUUUAAGGGUAUAUUACCUAAUGGGUAAGAAAUAGCAAUAAAAAGACUAUCAAGAUAUUCUGGGCAAGGCUUGGUAGAGUUCAAGAAUGAAGCUAUUCUCAUUGCCAAACUCCAACACACUAAUCUUGUUAAGCUUUUGGGGUUUUGCAUUCAAGAUGAAGAAAAAAAUACUAAUAUACGAGUACAUGCGCAAUAAAAGCUUGGACUUCUUC